CUGAUUCGCGACGAGAUAUUCGUACAAGAACUACCUGCGAUAUAAUGCACGCGGAAAUGGAAAAGUACUAUGCCAGAAAUAAAUUCUACUUGUCGAGAAUUGGUAGUUGGCCAUAUCAGCAUAAGGUACUCAAAAUUCUGCUACCAUGUAUCUUAAUAAUGAUACUUGUAUUACAUGACACUUGGGGUGAUGUAGAUCUAGCUGUAGAAAGUUUUCGACAUUUAUUGCAACUCAUGAAUGAUCAUUGGAAUGCCUUUAGUAAUAAAUCUGAUCGUUGUGUCUUGAAAUAUUAUGCUGAGAUUGGUCAAAAGGUGACGAAAUAUUACACAGCAUACUGUUGCACAAUGGUGGUGCUGUAUUUAUUUAUUCCAUUAACUCCGAGAAUCUUAGAUAUCGUAAGACCAUUGAAUGAAUCGCGGCCAUUGAAAUUCAUAUGUGAAGUUGAGUACAGAGUGGACAAAGAAAAAUAUUAUUAUCCGAUCCUGAUGCAUGUUUCUUUGACGACUGUAAUCACUGUCGGGAUCAUAUUAGCCAUCGAUACCAUAUAUAUAAUAUGUGUGUUACAUGCUUGCAGUUUAUUCACGGCUAUCAGCCAUCGUCUUAAAAAAAUUAUGGGCCAGAUAAAUGUUAAAACCAACAAUAAUGAGAAAAUGCGCACAAGAACGCACAAUCAUUUAUUAGAAAGAUACGAUGCUAUCAAUGACAAUUGCGAUGAUUAUCGCGAACUGAUAAUAUGCUUGAAAAAACAUCAACUUGCAUUAGAAUAUGCUCAGAUAUUGAACUCCACAUUUACAAAAGCGACGUUUGUUCUUCUAUUUCUGAAUGUGUUAAUUAUGAGUAUAAUUGGAUUACAAGUUAUCAACAAACUAGGAAAUACAGAAGAAGUAGUAAGAUACAUGACU